CAUUCUUCGAGCUCCAGAGUGAAGCACAUAUUUUGAGACUAGGGAAAGAUUUUCCGAUUUACUCAAGUUUUUGUGUAAUAAACAGCGAACGAUCACGGACAAAGAUUCUGCCAUGGACAAUCCAAAAUAUACUGAAGUUGAGAGGAAGACCUGUCCUAAAAGGAAGAAAAAAGUGACAUUCCCUGGGCCAAUUGAGACUCCUGAACCUGAGCCCACAAAACCAUCUACCAGCACCCAAGACAACACCCCAGUGAGAAAACUCAAGAGAAAAAAACAGGAAGACAAAGAAAAAGGAGAAAUAAUAAAGCCAAAGAAGAUGAAAACUUCAUUGAAAGAGUCUAGCACUAACAUGGCACGACAUGAUGAGACGUCUUCAGAGGAUGGAAAAACCAAAAACGUUGAGAGGCAGCCUUUCCCUAGAAAGAAGAAACAGAAGACUAAACAUAUAAACCAGGAACCUUCUGAAUCUGAGCCUUCUCAACCAUCUACCAGCAUCCCAGUGAAAACACUGAAGAGAAAAAGACAGGAAGACAAAAAGGAAGAAAAAACAACUGAGUCAAAGAAGAUGAAAACUCCUCCAAAAGAUUCCAGUGACGCCAAACAAAUUCCCACCUCCUCAGAGAGGGACGAUUUGAUUACCGACAAAGAUAAAUUUGAAGCCAAAUAUGUGGAAGAAGAUUACUUUGCUUCAGGAGGUUAUGGAUCCAUAUAUGAGGGCUUUCGCAAAUCUGACAACCUACCAGUAGCCAUCAAGCACAUUUUCAAACGUAAAAUCCCAAAUAAACCAAUGGAUGAUGGCAAUGGAAAAAUGGUUCCCUCUGAAGUGGCCAUAAUGUUAAUGUUAGAAGAGGAAUCCAUUCAUUCAGAUGGAAAAGCAUCGCCAGUAGCCCUGUUGGACUGGUAUGAGAUAGGUGGAGAAAUCCUCCUGGUCAUGGAGAGACCAAUCCUUUGUGAGGACCUACUUCAUUACAUUUGUAGCAAAGGAGGCACACUGCAAGAAGAAGAAGCCAAGAUCAUAAUGAAGCAGCUGAUUCGCACAGCCAUAGACCUUGAGGACAGAAAUAUCUUCCACCAAGACAUCAAAACUAAUAACAUCCUCAUUCAAACCCACACAAAUACACCAAAAGCUCGUCUGAUAGACUUUGGAGUGAGCUGCAUGGCAGAAAAGGAUUCCAUCCUCAGAUAUUCAGGAACUCCCAUAAAUGCCCCCCCAGAAGCAUUUAGAGGCUUUUGUAGCCCUGGAACAACCACAGUGUGGCAGCUUGGAGUAGUUCUAUAUGAAACCCUCCAUUACUGCAAUGAUUUCUCCACAAAACAUUUUCUCCAAGGGGAUCAGAUGAUUGACGAUGAACUGUCAGAAGAGUGCCAAGACUUUUUCCAAGCCUGUUUAAAUACUUCUGAAGAACAGCGCCCCAACCUCCAAGAUCUCCUCCACCAUCCAUGGCUCAGAUAAACACACAUACACAAACAUACACACCCACACACAGGGACAGAGAACUCAAAAGUCUGAAAUUUUAAAAAGUUUAAAAAUUUUGACAAAAAUCACAAGCCUAAAUUGACCUUAGAAUAUAAAUGUAGAGUGUAAAGGAAAAUGAUAAAUACUAAAGUUUAGCUGCAAUUUGGGGCAAAUGAUGGCAUUAUUAUAAAAUGAAAGUUGGUUCCGUUUUUACUCUUAGUACUAUGUAGGAAACUAUGCCAGAUUUAAAAUUGGAAUUGGUUUAAAAAGUGGCAUUUCCCAUGAUUACUAGGUCCUGUGUUUACCAACACUUUUGUUAAAUUACCCCAAACUUAAACGAUACACUUGUUUUUUUUUCAGUCUUCUUUUGCUUUGAUGUUUGGAAACACGGCACUAGGCAGCGUUAAAAAACAGAAUGUUGUUCAAAUAAAAUGUAGUAUGGUAUAAUUGAAAAUCCAGAUGGUUAAAGUUAGUUAACUAGUUAAAGGAAAACUGGACAAAGGCUCUUCACUGGUGUUAAAUGCCUUCUGGGUUCUCUGUCUCCACUGAUUGUUCUAAUGCUGACUCUCCCGGUAAGACCUGCCUCGUUUUCUUCGUUCCAGUGAUCAGGACUCGUCUGUUUUGCUGUGACCUUCGGGAAUGCCAUGUGCGGAUGUCCUCCAGAGAGAGUUGGCGGGACCUUGGGAGUCUCAAAUUUUGGACUCCUUGGCGUGGUGGUGCUGGUGGGGGGGUUGUUACAGUGUGCUGCUAGCACACUUUUUCUGCAGCUCCUUUAACCCCCCUGCCAUCGUCUUCAGAGAGAGCUUGGGCAGGAGAGGAGCGUGCUCCACCCAAACCGGGUGGAUUUAAUUGGUAGAAAGAAAAACCUAAAAACUAGGAGGGGACGUGCAAAAACCAGGCAAGGCUUUUUAAUUCAUCUGUAAAAACGUAAAAUUAGAAUCGCAAAAAUCAUUUUAAUUAGAAGCGUACUUAAGUCUAACAAGCUUUCAUAGUGUUUAGGGAAUCUGACUAUUUUCCGAAAAGAAGCAAAUAGAAACCACAGUGUUAGCAUUCCGAAAAAAUCAGCUAAUCAAGAAAACAUUUAUAAAGUCUUUGUAAUUUCCAUAAAAGAUCUCAAACAAUAAAAGAAUAUUAGACAUAACUGAGAUGAAAUGAGGAUUCAUAUUGCUAAAGCAUGCGCCAAACGUAUAGAGGGAAAAACGCAUUAGGAAGGGGCGACCAACCCAAACUGAAUACAGGGGAGAAAGAAACUUAGGGACAACCAAUAGUCUGUAGUUAAAAAGACAGUUCACAGACAGAUUACACGCGUGUUGGUUUUCUCCGGGCCCUUUGGCCUUCUCCCACAUCUUAAAGACGUGUCUCAAAGUUUAUUUGUUGCAUACCGUAACCUAGCUUUUCUUGAUAAAUUGGGAUUUAAAAUUCUUGAAAAGAAUCAGUAAAAAUAGGACCGUCCAAACCUGAAAUGGCUCUCUAAGUGAACUUUUGCAACUCUGACAAAGCAAAAAACAAAAUUAAGAGCCUGCAUUAAAGCGUACUAGGUCUUCUAAAGAAAAAACAGUCCAUUAAAAAGCACUUGCACGUCCCCUAACUGGUUUUUCAAAUCUGGCACUACAAUUGGUGAAAUAAAGAGGGCAAAA